AUGAAUAGCGCGGCGCAUUCUGCCGGAGUCUCGCCGACGAAGGACGACGUCGAGUGGGAGAUGCGUCCCGGCGGUAUGCUUGUACAGAGACGCGAAGCAGGUGACGAUGAUUACGUCGAUGGACCGAUGAUCAACAUCAGUGUAGCUCAUGGUUCUUCUCACCAUGAAGUUUUUCUUCCAGCUCAAUCUACUUUCUGGGAUGUUAAGAAAAUGCUUGCACACAAAACUGGUUUAAAGCCUGAACUGCAAAGACUCUUAUUUGAAGGAAAAGAAAAGGAGAAUGAAAAAUAUUUGCACAUGGAAGGUGUGAAGGACAAGUCAAAGCUUUUGCUUUUGGAGGAUGCUGCUAGCAAAGAGAGUUAUCUUGAAGAAGUUAGAAAACACAAUGAAAUGUUAAAAGCUUUUGAGGCUGUUGCUGCUGUCAGAUCAGAGGUGGACAAGCUUUGUGAGAGGGUGUCGGCAUUGGGGGUGGCUGUGGAUGGCGGGACCAAGGUAUCUGACAAAGAGUUUCUUGUGUCCACCGAGAUGCUCAUGAGGCAAUUGCUGAAGCUGGAUGGUAUUAAGGCUGAAGGUGAAGCGAAGCUGCAGAGAAAAGCGGAGGUGCGACGUGUGCAGAACGCCGUGGAUACUUUAGAUUCCCUGAAGGCAAGAAACUCCAAACCUUUUAGCAACAUUGGUAAGUCAGUCUUGUAA